AUGAACAAGAAUCUUGCCAGAUUUGAGGUACUCAUUCAUUUAAAUUUGUGUUUUAGGUGGAAAAUUAUCUUAUGGCACAAGGAAGGAAUUAAGUACUACAAUGACCUUAUAGAUGCACUCUUAGAUGAAGGAAUCAUUCCAUAUGCAACUAUCUAUCACUGGGAUAUUCCUGAAUGCUUGGACCAAGAGUAUGGCGGCUUCUUAAGCCCUGAAAUUGUAAAAGAUUUUAGUGAUUUUGCUGAGGUUUGCUUCUGCGAAUUCGGUGAUCGUGUGAAAUAUUGGAUAACAUUGAACGAGCCAUGGGCCUUUAGUUUACAAGGAUAUGUGCUAGGCUCUUUUCCCCCAGGUAGGGGUGCGACUACGCCGGAAUCUCUGAAAACGGAUUACUGUCGUCACAGAUGUCACGUGGCUCCAACUAUUUGCCCCAAUGGAAAUCCGGGCACAGAACCAUAUAUUGUGGCACAUAAUUUGAUACUUUCUCAUGCAGCAGCUGUUGAUAUAUACAGGCAAAAAUAUCAGGCACAUCAAGAAGGACGAAUAGGGAUCACAAAUGUCUCGUGCUGGUAUGAGCCUCUCACUGACACUCAAGCAGACAGAGACGCUGUUUCAAGGGCUCUCGAUUUUAUGCUAGGAUGGUUUUUAGCACCUAUAGUAACAGGUGAAUAUCCACAAAGUAUGAAAAAAAUAGUGGGAAGUCGUCUUCCCCAAUUUACACGAGAAGAGAAGGAAUUGGUAAAAGGAUCCUACGACUUUUUAGGAAUAAAUUAUUAUACGACUAAUUAUGUCAGCCACGAACCUUUACAGCCAGGUACUCCACCAAAUUAUAGAACAGACUGCCAGUGUAGAUAUACAACUGAACGUGACGGGAAGCUGAUUGGUCCAAAGGCUGGGUCAGACUGGCUCUACAUUGUUCCAUCUGGAAUUUACAAGCUUAUGCUUUAUAUAAAGAACACAUAUAAUAAUCCCAUCAUUUACAUCACAGAGAAUGGGGUGGAUGAAGAGAAUGAUACAUCCCUAACAGUUGCAGAUGCUUGCAAAGAUGAGACGAGGAUUAAGUAUCACAAUGACCAUCUAGUCUACGUUAAAAAAGCAAUGGAUGAUGGAGCAAAUGUGAAGGGUUAUUUCAUAUGGUCAAUGUUUGACAAUUUUGAAAUGGCUGCGGGAUACACUUCUAGAUUUGGCAUUAUCUAUGUAGACUACAGAAAUGGCCUUUACACAAGAUAUCCGAAAAACUCAGCUAAAUGGUGGAUGAAUUUUCUCGAUAAUAAGACUUUAAUUUCGUUGAAGAGACAAGCUCAGGAAAAUGAUGAAGGGCAUGGCUCUGUGAAAAAAACUAAGAAGCGCUGAAGGGUGAAAUAAUUAUUUGUUCUGAAGUGUCAUCUUGAAUAAUUGAUGCAUGCAUUUGUUCCUUUUAUUACCUUUUAAUUUAGUGUGAGGCUCUGAAAGCCAUGUUGCAACUUGUACUCUUCUUUUCAAAUAAAUGAAGCCCUUUGAGGCGCCUCUCUUGUAUUAAUUGUUUUAUGAAAUAAAAGAUUUGGACGUAAGGCAGUCACUCUAAAUAAA